CGGCUGCUAAGCAGGACAGGCAGCGGAGGCAAAAACACCCAGAGGGCCGGAUAAAUGUGCUAGGUGUCCCGCACGUGGCCCGCAGUCUGUAGUUUGAAGAUGCCUGUCCUAGGGGGUUAGGAUUUCCACGUGUGAAUUUAAGGGGGACACAAACAUUCAGUACAUAAUAUGAAUUCAUUUCUGGUAGAACUUAUUCCAAUCAGAAACCCUCCUAAAUAGACCUUCAUUCUGCUUGAAAUCUCUAGAACAUCAGUCUGUGUUUGAAGCAUUUCCAGAAUUUGAAGAGGCGCUAACCUCUGAUCAUUCACUGACUCCUCAGUGGUUGCCUGACCAUAAUUUAUUAACAUGAGUUGUGAAUGUGAAUCUAGAACACUUGGUCUGAAUAGCUCAGUCUUUCUAAUAAUUACAGUAAUAUCCAGCAUUUAUUUAGCACUUAAGAGUUUUGCCAAACACGGUUCUAAAUGCUUAUUGUACUAUCUCAUUUAAUUCUGACAACAACCUUAAAGCCAGGUAUUAUUAUUAUUCUCAUUUUCCUCAUAGAUGAGGAAACUGAGGCAUAGAAAAGUUAAAUUACUUGCCCAAAAUCACAUAGUGGCAGAGCCACUCUCUCUUCAACCAUUAUAAACAUGACUACUCCUUCCUAGCUAGGUCAUCUUCCCCCAAGCAAUUGAUUGCCAGGUCUCAGUUUCCUCCUCUGCCAUUUGACUGGAUAACACUGGUAUUAAUGAUUGUUCCACCUACUUCACAGACUUCUUAGAAAGAUCAAACAUGCUGGUAGGAGACCAUGGUUGGAGGUGUCUCCCUUCUUUGAGGCUAUGCUAAAAAUUAGAAUAUAUAAACGUGUGGCAAGAUCUUAGCUCUUUGGGUGGGAAUUGAGUGCUUUCUAGAGUCAAACCAAAACUCAAAACAGAGGAAGCUGAGAAUUCUCCAGCCUCUGCCCACCCCCUUUUCCAUCCAGUCAGGCUGGGAGCCGCCAUUGCCAUGGCCAUCCACGGCCCUUUCCUGGGUGGCCCCAUAUGGCCGCUCCCCUCUUCUCUAUGGUCCGCCUCGUUUGAAAAUGCAGAUCAUCCAGUGCACAAUCUGGAUUCUCAGUCGACCCUUUUUAUGAGUAAAGGAGCUAGUCUUCCUUCAAACACUUUUAAAGAAAACACAAAUACAGCAUAGCACAAGUAUUUGAACAAACCAGACAGCAUGUGUUUCCACCAUGGUAUUUCCUCUGCCUCCCUGUGUCUUCUCUCCAGAUCUGUUUCUCUUUCAUUCUGUCUGCCUGAUUGUUGGUGUGAGAGACCUUCUCCACCUGGUUGCCUUCUCAUUCUCUAUAACCCCCUCUCUCUGCCCCUCCAUCCUUUUUCAUGUUACUCUACGUGAUUACAAUAUUGAACCAAAACACUACCUAUUAUUUGCUCCAUCUCAGAUUAUGGUUUUCCUUAGUUAAAAGAUAGAAUAUUCUGAAUAUUUCUUUCCAAAAAGAACUCCAAAACACCCAAAGUUGUUACAGUUUAUUUGGCCCUUGAUCAUAAUUUAUUAGGCCCAUUCUUUGCAAUAUUUGGGGAAGAGUCAGGUCAGGAAAGUUACCCGUUAAAGAGGCAUCUUGGAAAGUAUCUCUCCCCACAUGAGGCCACCACAGACCUCUCCCUUUCAUAGCCAAGCAGCUGGGCCUGAGUUCUGCCAGACGAUAGGCAAGAAAUUGUUCUCCAUGAACCUCUUUGAUUCUGAACACAUUGAUAGAGCUUCCCUCAGGGGUGGGGAAUCAGGCUUAAAGGCUCAUAAUGUGUAUAACCUGUGAUUCCUUUAGGAUCUGAACAGAAGCUAAAGGGCCCAUAUGCAGUAACUUGAAGCUAGAUUGUGCAUAAGCAUCUGACAGCAGAAAUCAGCCCUGCAAUUGCAUGUGAAUUAAUGAAGGCAAAUUAGCCUGGGAUUUGUGUUUGUUGUGUGGGAAGGUGAUAGCAGAGUAAAUCUUCCAAAUUUAAGUAUAUUUUAUGUUAAUUGCAUAAAGUAGCAUAGAUUUGUUGCUUUAAAUCUCAUCCAUGGGGAGCUAGAGUUGGGCUUGUUGAUUUCUUUUAUUAUCCACUAAAAUGACUCCAGUCCUUGUUUGUAUUUGCUUGAGCAGCAUAGAUCUAUUUCUGAAUAGCUUUACAACUUUAAAUGUUUUAAGAAACUUCUUUUUAAUACCAUCUACUUAAUUGUACCAUAAUAGCUCCUAAGUGGAACAUUAUAUCUAUCAGUCUUAAGUGCUGCUGUGGAUAUAAUAGCUUCGGUCAUAUUAUGAUAAUCUUUUUUAUUUAGAGCACUUGGAAAGCUGAAAAUUAAAUAUGCCUCAAUCUUCUACCAUUGUAGCCAUUACUUACCUUAGCACUAAGUAAAUACUAAGGAAACUCUAUUAUCUCUGGUAAAAUUAUAUUCUGAAUUCUCUGGUGAUAGAAUAUAGAUUCAAUAUAUUAAUAGAUGAAUCUAUAUUCCUUGUUUUCCUUCUCUCUCCUUGGUUAAAAAUAUUUUCUCUAUAAUGGCAAAUUUCUGUGUGCACUGAUUUUUUAAAUAUCAGUUAGUGCAUUUAGUGGGGAGAGAUUCGGGAUGAAGGAGAAAAAGGAAAUGGUGGAAUGACAUCCAUGUGUGGGUAGAUAUUACUCAAUUCUAAGUCCUCUAUACACUCAACAUACCAAGCCUAGAAAUGGCCAGGUGUUGGGAGAAAAGUCUGGACUCGAUGCAAAGUCCAGUCCACCCCUUGCUACUCAAGAUGUGGUCUACCAACUAACAGCUAUUUGCACCACCUACAGGAUUUUUAGAAAUGCAAAAGCUGAGGCCCCACCCCAGGCUGCCCUAAUAAAAAUCUGCAUGUUAACAAAACCCUCAGAGGACUCCUGAGCACUUUCUAGUCUGAGAAGCCCUGUGGGUACCACUCUAUUAGCCUCCACUGGGAAGAUAGAAAAGUCCUCUCCUUUAACCUUGGGUGUUAACUAGGAACAUGCAUUUCUCCCAGCAGAGAAUGGUCCCAGAGUGAUAAGUGAAAGUGGAAGGCUCUACCUCUUUUAAGAUCUGGCCUCUGGGGAAAGAGAGAUAGGGAAGAAGGAAGUGUCCCACACUUAAUUCCAACCAACUAUUGAAAAGAAAAGCUCUUGCUGGAACUAUUUUACCUUCUUCCCUGUGUGAUGUUAUUGGAUUUGAUUUCCUUUCUUCUAGAGAAGGACACAUUGGUUUUAAAAAAAAAAAAAAAUGACCUAAAUUCAGUAUUCCAUCCAGAUGCUUUCAAUUUGGCAGGCGGGAAGCAAGUUUUGCAUAGAGACUGAGCUCACUGAAAGGGAUUAGAAUUUUGAGUUUGAAAUUCCAAAGGCAUUUUAAAGUCAAGAAACUGUUCAAGGAAAAAAAUAAAUACAAGUGACCUUGAUAUAAUUUUGCAAUGAUACCCACAUCAGAGCCAUCUUGGAAUGAACUCCUUUGGGUAUCUUUGUAACUAGUCUUCCUGGCACUGAAUUCAAAACAACAGACUUUAUGAUAAAUCUCACUUAGGCAAAUGGCAUAAAGUGGGACAUGGAGUAAGAUACAAAACACAUAACUGGAGGAGCAGAUCACAGAAACCUUAUGCAGUAUAGGGAGGGAAGAGCCUAAAUGGGCAACCACCACUACAAAGGCUAUGCUCACCCAGCUAAUUGUAUUCCAGAAUUGGCUGCCCUCUUUGCAAUUUAAAACAGUCCUGGACUUCAGAGGAAUGACAAACACCCAUGGGAGUGACUUGGGCAGCACCGCCAUCUUUCCCUGAAGGAAGUCAACUUCAAGCAGAUUGACUUGAACCAGGAUCUCAUUUGGGAAGCAUAAGUGUCCAACAAACUGUGUUUUUUAUUAUUAUUGUUAUUAUUAUUUGGAAAAUACUCAAGUUUCGGUAGCUUAUCAUCCUCGACUUUCUGAAACCCUGGCAAUCCCAUGUGGACUUCUGGUAGAAUGAGCAAUGCAAAGAGCUGGCUUGGACUUGGCAUGUCCUUGUACUUCUGGGGACUGAUGGACCUAACGACCUCCGUUCUCUCGAGCACCCCAACACCGCCAGGCGAAUUAGAAGCCCUCCUGUCACACAAGCCACAGUCACAUCAACGGACCAAGAGGAGCUGGGUGUGGAACCAGUUUUUCGUUCUGGAAGAGUACACUGGGACCGACCCUCUGUACGUCGGCAAGCUUCAUUCAGACAUGGACAGGGGAGAUGGAUCCAUCAAAUACAUCCUCUCGGGAGAAGGCGCAGGCAUCGUGUUUACCAUCGACGACACCACUGGAGACAUCCAUGCCAUUCAGAGGCUCGAUCGAGAGGAAAGAGCCCAGUACACUUUGAGGGCUCAAGCCCUAGAUAGGAGAACAGGCAGGCCAAUGGAGCCAGAGUCAGAAUUCAUCAUCAAAAUCCAAGACAUCAAUGACAAUGAGCCCAAGUUCCUGGAUGGACCUUAUGUUGCCACUGUGCCAGAAAUGUCACCAGUGGGUACCUCUGUUAUCCAGGUGACAGCCACAGAUGCUGAUGACCCAACCUACGGCAACAGUGCUCGGGUCGUGUACAGCAUUCUCCAGGGCCAGCCAUACUUCUCUGUGGACUCCAAAACAGGUGUAAUUAGGACGGCGCUCAUGAACAUGGACAGAGAAGCCAAAGAAUACUACGAAGUGAUUAUCCAAGCCAAGGACAUGGGAGGGCAGCUUGGAGGACUAGCCGGGACCACAACGGUCAACAUCACCCUCUCGGAUGUCAACGAUAACCCCCCGCGCUUUCCCCAGAAACAUUAUCAGAUGAGUGUGUUGGAAUCAGCUCCAAUCAGCUCCACUGUGGGGAGAGUGUUUGCCAAGGACUUGGAUGAAGGAAUCAAUGCGGAGAUGAAAUACACUAUUGUGGAUGGAGAUGGUGCAGACGCCUUUGACAUCAGCACAGAUCCCAAUUUCCAAGUCGGCAUCAUAACUGUAAAGAAGCCCCUGAGUUUUGAAAGCAAGAAAAGCUACACCUUAAGGGUGGAAGGAGCCAAUCCUCACCUAGAGAUGCGUUUUCUGAACCUGGGCCCAUUCCAGGACACGACGACAGUGCACAUCAGUGUGGAAGAUGUGGAUGAGCCCCCCGUGUUUGAACCUGGCUUUUACUUUGUGGAGGUGCCUGAGGAUGUGGCGAUUGGAACGACCAUACAGAUCCUUUCUGCCAAGGACCCGGAUGUGACCAACAACUCAAUCAGAUACUCCAUUGACAGAAACAGUGACCCUGGAAGAUUUUUCUAUGUUGAUAUUACAACAGGUGCCCUAAUGACUGCAAGACCCCUAGAUCGGGAAGAAUUUUCUUGGCAUAAUAUCACUGUCCUUGCUAUGGAAAUGAACAAUCCCUCCCAGGUUGGAAGUGUUUCUGUCACAAUCAAAGUCCUAGAUGUGAAUGACAAUGCCCCAGAGUUCCCCAGAUUCUAUGAAGCUUUCGUCUGCGAGAAUGCCAAAGUGGGACAGCUGAUCCAGACAGUGAGUGCAGUGGACCAAGACGACCCACGCAAUGGUCAGCAUUUCUACUACAGCUUGGCCCCCGAGGCUGCUAACAACCCCAACUUCACUGUAAGGGACAACCAAGAUAACACGGCCCGGAUUCUAACGAGGAGGUCUGGCUUCCGGCAGCAGGAGCAGAGUGUCUUUUACCUGCCCAUCCUGAUAGCAGACAGUGGGCAGCCAGUGCUGAGCAGCACAGGCACGCUGACCAUCCAGGUGUGUAGCUGUGACGACGAUGGCCGCGUCAUGUCCUGCAGCCCUGAGGCCUACAUGCUCCCAGUCAGUUUGAGCCGGGGUGCCCUCAUUGCCAUUCUGGCCUGCGUCUUUGUCCUCUUGGUGCUGGUGCUGCUCAUUUUGUCCAUGAGGCGGCACCGGAAACAACCUUACAUCAUCGAUGACGAGGAAAACAUCCACGAGAACAUCGUCCGCUACGACGACGAAGGCGGCGGCGAGGAGGACACCGAGGCCUUCGACAUCGCGGCCAUGUGGAACCCCAGGGAGGCGCAGGCAGGAGCCGCCCCCAAGACGCGGCAGGACAUGCUGCCGGAGAUUGAGAGCCUCUCCCGCUACGUGCCUCAGACGUGCGCCGUGAACAGCACCGUCCACAGCUACGUGCUGGCCAAGCUCUACGAGGCCGACAUGGACCUGUGGGCCCCGCCCUUCGACUCCCUCCAGACAUACAUGUUCGAGGGGGACGGCUCUGUAGCUGGGUCGCUGAGCUCCCUGCAGUCGGCCACAUCGGACUCGGAGCAGAGCUUCGACUUCCUCACGGACUGGGGGCCCCGCUUCCGGAAGUUGGCCGAGCUCUACGGGGCGUCGGAGGGGCCCGCGCCCCUGUGGUGACGGAAGCCGAGAGGCAGGCACACGUCCAAAUCCAGACGUUCUCCGCCCGCGGAUGCUUCGCGGACGAGGUGCGGACGACCACAAGAGCAAUACUGUGCUGGAGAGUGAGAAUGGGAGUGAGCGGGGCGGACGGAGCUCUCUCUGGAUCAGCUUUACUUGGUUAGAUUAAGUUAAAUAAUCAAAAGGAAACCCAGGAAGAGGAGGGCAGAAUCUCCAAUUAUCUUUCUUUUCUUUCCUUUUUAAUUUUCCUGAAUUAUAUUCAAAGGCUUGGAGGCAAGCUUGUCUUUUCUUUGUCAUUUGCCAGGGUCCGUGUCACCUUGCCACCACAAAAGGUUCUGGUCUGGAAUAUAGAGGUGGCAGCUGAAAGCAGAAAGUGCUCCUUUGGUAUCCAUUUUUUUCUUGUAUUUUAUUCUCCAUUUAAGAGUUUUGCUGGCUCGUCAAACCGCAAAAACCAACCCACACAAGAACACAGAAAAAUUGUUCUUCUCUGAAAUUAACCUUCCUGUCCUGGAAUGGAUAGAAGCUCUUUUAACCCUUUUGAGACAAGGUUAAGACUGAAUCAGCCUUGCAUGGGGGAUGGGUGGGAGGGUGGGAGAAGGAAGAGACAUUGACUUUGUGCUCAAGUUUAAUGGCUGAACCAAGAGUUGCUGGCAUCACAGCUAAUCCAGCACCACCAAGUUAGAGUGCUCGUGUUCUCCUCUCAGCUCUUUGACUGUGCCCCUACAAAAAUUGUUCAGAAUGAAAGCAGAAAAAUCUGCCUCUUUUGCACUGUAGAUGUCUCUUCCAUGUGCCAAAUGUGGAGAUUAGAUGCUACAAACGAAAGCCAAAUAAAAAGAAGUAUCUGAUAAAAGCAUGGGUUAGAGGGCUUUCCUAAUCUGUGUGAGGUCAAUCCAAGGGAUGUUUACAUACUGUAGAUAACCUACUUGAACAAAAAUCAGUAUUAUAGAGAACAAAUGGAUGUAAGAAAAUUACAUGUAUAAGUUUUGUAUAUUUGUUAAUAAUUUUGGUAAUAAAUAUGAUGUACUGCAUCUCAGUACCUUAGCACUUCUUUUAAUAAAAGUUAAAUAGAAGG